CAUUGGGCUAGACAUUGAUUCCUUCUUAGAUAGAGGGGUUGCUGUUUCUGUAUACAUUGCAGCAGGCUUGGUGCUGAUGGAACUGAAGACCGGCAACCUUGCUUGGUCCAAGGCUAAGAGGAAGGGGUGAUCCGAAGGAAGAACAGGAGCCAGAGCAAGGUUGUGGGAUGGCCGAUCCAGUGGUCAUCGUGGAGAAGAUCGUCAACAUCGCGUACGCGAUCAAGGAGGCCGUGGAGACAGUCCGGGAGAACAAGGAGGAGUGCCGCGGUAUUGAGCAGCGCGUGCUCAGAGUCAGUGAUCUGCUUUCGCUCUUGAAGGGAUCGGAGAUGAUGAAGCAUCGGGCGAUGAGUCGCGCGCUGGAGGACCUUGAGGAUGCUGUCAGUCGUGCCCAUGAGGUUGUCACGGCCUGCCAGGGGAGGAACAUCUUGUGCCUUUUCUGCUUCGCUGGGAAGCUAGCCAAGAAGUUGCGCCAGGUAAAGGAUGAUAUAUCACAGAGGAUGAUGCUGGCGAUCUUUGCCAGCCAUGUCGCCGUCUUUGUCGUGACUAAAAGUCAAUAUAGUGAUCAACCCUCGUUUUUCAUUCCAAGGAAUCAAUAUCCUCUGUCCAAACAUCCACCAUCUCCUCCUCCUCUUGCUGUUGUUAAAGAUCUAUCACCUAGUCUGCCCACACAUCUACCUCCUCCUGUUGUUAUUGGCGAAGAUCUAGUUUCACGUCUGCCCCCACAUGUACCUCCUUCUCCUUCUCUAGUUGUUGCUGAUGUCUCUAAUAUACCUCCACGUUCGCAUGCACAUCUACCUCCUUCUCUUUCUAGUCUGGCCGCAUACAUACCACCAGCGACUCUUCCUCGCACAAAUUUAGCUCCACCUCAAUCCAAACAUCUACCUUCUUAUCCACCCACAAAACCACCACCACCACCACCACCACCUCCUCCAGCCACAUACAUACCAUCAUCAACUCCUGCAAAUUUAGCUCCUCAUCUGUCCAAACGUCUGCUGCCUCGUCCUCCCACAAAACUACCAUCACCACAACCUCCUCCUCCUCGUUCAGCCGCGUACAUACCACCACCAACUCCUCCUCCCGCAAAUUUAGCUCCUCCGUCAAAACAUCUACCUUCUCGUUCACCGCCAACUCGUCUUCCUCCUCCUCCUCUGUUGAAACAUCUACCUCCACUUGCACAACCACCACUACCUCCUCCUUCUACUCCUAUUGCAGAUAUAGCUCCUCAUCUACCCAAGCAUCUAUAUCUUCGUCCGCCUGAACAUGUACCUCCUCGUGCACCGACACAGAGGACAGGAGAGAUCUCGGUCCCUGCUUCUGGUUCCGUCUCAUCCACUCUUUCAGUUGAAGAUCUUAGUGGCAAAUCUGAAGUGCAAGAUGAGACAAAAAAAGUACCAUCAGGAAGCGAGGUGUCUUCUCCUCCCUUUCCAGGCUUAACAAAGUUCAGUUUGUCUGAAUUGAAGGCCGCUACACAUAACUUUUCAGAGGAAAAUAAGAUCGGAUCAAGUGACUUUGGUACUGUCUACAAGGGUGUAUUGUGCAACAGACUUGUGGUUGCCAUCAAGGAAUUUCGAGAUCCACCUCCAUUUCUUAUGGCGCGAAUAUGCGCUGAACUUCUUGUUGCUUCAGAGCUCCAGAGCAAGAAGGUGGAGGCAUUGGGGAGCAAUGGUAGGAAAUUGUCUUUGACCGCAGGCGUGGGCAAGAGUGAGAACACCCUCUCGGGAAGAAACGAAAAUAUAAUUGGAGUUCUGGGAUAUGGCCACGAAUUCAUGUGGAAGCAUAGGCGUGUUGAUCAUCAUAUUUUUCUGGUCGAAGAAUACAUGCCGAACGGAAACAUGGACAACAUUAUCUAUGGGUCUCGACUUAAUUGGUCCUCCCGCUUCCGGAUAAUUCAGGGGUUGGCCCGGGGCCUACAUUACCUUCAUGAGCAAAACAUUGUCCAUAUGAAUAUGAAACCAGCCAACAUCCUCUUGGAUUCUGAUAUGAACCCUAAAAUAACUGAUUUUGGAAUAGCUAGAAUGUUGGAUGAACCGAUUAUUCACGAUAACAACAUAGCAGGCACAGUGGGAUAUAUGUCUCCAGAAUAUAUCUUGGAAGGUAUUUUGUCGACGAAGUAUGAUGUGUAUAGUUUCGGCGUCAUCCUCCUUGAGACCAUUAGCGGUAUGUGCAGAGCUGAACCAGCUCGUCACCACGCUUCAGUUCCAUGGGCUUGGAAGUCGCGUGAAUGUCAACAAAUGGAUGAAUUGUUUGAUCCGUCCUUGUGUGAAGAAUCUCAGCUAAUGGAGAUCAAAUGGUGCUUGGAGAUAGGGUUGCUAUGCACUCAAUUUGAGCCAGCAGAGCGGCCUACCAUGGAGAAUGUUCUUGACAUGCUAAGUGGCAAGAAAGAGUUAUCAACCCCAAAGCAGAGGGGCCUAGUGGAGAUCAAAGGGUGCUUGCUAUGCACUCCAUUUGAGUCAGCAGAGUUACCAAUCCCAAAGCUACCAAUCCCAAAGCAACCAGAAUACACCAAAGAAACGGCCAAACCUGGCAAAGCGGCCAGCCGUAAGGUCAGAAGUCGGAGGUAGGGUGCUCCCAAAAAAAAAAGGAGAGAGAGACUAAUCUAUCAUACAGAUGUAAAUAUAAUCAACUUGCUCGUAAGUAAUAAAUGUACUUGUAAGUAUGUGUACCUAACUUAAGUGGUGACGAUAAACCAGUAGUUGUGUAUGAAUAAUUAUUAAGUGCUUCACCUUGU